CUAAGGAAGAUUGUUAUGGUAUUUAGAAGGAAACGGAAAUCUCUUCCAGUGUAUGGAAAGGACUCCCAGCGUUCUCAUCUCUCCUCCUUCACCAUGAAGCUGAUGGACAAAUUCCACUCGCCCAAAAUCAAGAGAACGCCAUCCAAGAAGGGAAAACCGGCCGACGUGUCUGUGAAGACUCUGGAGAAGCCUGUGAGCAAAGAGGCAACAGACAGAUUUCUACCAGAGGGCUACCCUCUCCCCUUGGAUCUGGAGCAGCAGGCAGUAGAAUUUAUGUCCACCAGUGCUGUGGCUUCCAGGUCUCAAAGGCAGAAGAACCUGAGCAGGCUGGAGGAGAAAGAGAAGGAGGUGGUCAGUGCCUUGCGCUACUUUAAGACCAUUGUGGACAAAAUGGCCAUUGACAAGAAGGUGCUGGAGAUGCUCCCCGGGUCGGCCAGCAAGGUGCUGGAGGCCAUCCUACCGCUGGUGCAGAGCGAACCUUGCAUCCAGCACAGCUCGGCCCUCUCGUCCUGCUAUAACCGAGUGUACCAAAGCCUCGCCAACCUCAUUCGCUGGUCGGACAAAGUGAUGCUAGAAGGUGUGAACUCAGAAGAUAAAGAGAUGGUGACAACGGUGAAGGGGGUCAUCAAGGCUGUGCUGGACGGAGUGAAGGAGCUGGUCAGACUUACCAUCGAGAAGCAGGGGCAUCCGUCUCCAACAAGCCCAGUGAAACCCAGCUCCCCAGCCUGCAAACCCGAGGGCCAGUCUGAGCUCCCCCUGACAGACAGAGAGAUGGAGAUUCUGAACAAGACAACCAGCAUGUCACAGUCGACCGAGCUGCUCCCAGAUUCUACUGAUGAAGAGGUCGCGCCCCCCAAACCCCCACUACCUGGCAUUCGGGUGGUUGAUAAUAGUCCUCCGCCAGCAUUGCCACCGAAGAAAAGGCAGUCGGCUCCAUCCCCAACCCGCGUGGCCGUGGUGGCCCCCAUGAGUCGAGCCACCAGUGGCUCCAGCUUGCCUGUCGGAAUUAAUAGGCAGGAUUUUGACGGGGACUGUUAUGCCCAGAGGCGCCUGUCAGGAGGCAGUCACUCCUACGGGGGAGAGUCGCCCCGCCUGUCCCCCUGCAGCAGCAUCGGCAAGCUCAGCAGGUCGGACGAGCAGCUGUCCUCUCUGGACAGGGACAGCGGGCAGUGCUCCCGGAACACAAGCUGUGAAACACUAGAUCAUUAUGAUCCUGACUACGAAUUCCUUCAGCAAGACCUCUCCAACGCAGACCAGAUACCUCAGCAAGUGGCCUGUAACCUUAGCCCGUUGCCGGAGGCCUUGGGAGAGUCUGGGUCUCCAUUUCUCGGCCAUCCUUUCCAGUUGCCUCUUGGCAACUGCCCCCAGCCAGAUGGGCCCUCAGCCCCAGGGCAGCAGACGGACACGCCGCCUGCCCUCCCCGAGAAGAAGCGCAGGAGUGCGGCCUCCCAGACCUCGGACAGCUCUGGCUCCCGCGUGUCCUACGAGCGGCACCCCUCCCAAUACGACAACAUCUGCGAGGACGACCUGCAGAACCCAGCCUUGGUGCAGCCCGCCCCCUUCACGCCCUUUGCUGCUAUUCUCCCCUUCCAGCAAGGAGGGUCCUCAGCCUCUGUCGACUUUGUGAGUGACUUCACUGCUCCUGAAUCAGCGGGUGACCCAGAAAAACCGCCUCCUCUACCAGAGAAGAAAAACAAACACAUGCUGGCCUACAUGCAGCUGCUCGAGGACUACUCGGAGCCGCAGCCAUCCAUGUUCUACCAGACGCCGCAGAACGAGCACGUCUACCAGCAGAAGAACAAGAUGCUCAUGGAGGUGUACGGCUUCAACGACUCCUUCAGCAGCGCAGACCCGCCGGACCUGGCGCCGCCCCCCGCCCUCCCUCCCAAGCAGCGGCAGCUGCAGGCCUCUUAUGCUGCUUCUUCCUUCUCCUCUGUCUCCUACUGUGUCCAGCAAACUAAAGUGGCCUUCACCCCCGAGGACGGCAGUGCCACUCAGGGCAUCAGUGUGUCCGUCUCUAACUCCUUUCUCAGCCGGCACGGCAACUUGCCCGUGCCCUCGUAUAAAUCUGUGUUUAGGUCCUACUCCCAGGAUUUCGUGCCUCACAGCCAAGCUUCCGCACAACCUUUCCUCCCGUCUACCUCCUCUUCCUCUCCACACUUCCCACCUGUCCACCAGUCUCAGAGCUCGGACUUAGCGCGGCCCGCCCCGGCCACUCUGCCUCCCAGCGCCGCGGACGGGCCUCCUCCGUCUUCUCAGGAGAGCACCUUUCAUGGGAGCACUGUCUGCCUUCCUUCCGAAACCUCUCUCCCUGCCUCGCCCCAGACGCCUUCGAGUGAAAACGCCAGUGAGGAGGCUGGUGGGGGUGAAUACGUCAGUCUGUACUCCUCUGGCCAGAGCAGCGCGGAGCUGGCUCGCUCUCGAGGAGAAUCGCCAGCUGUGAGAGAUGGACAUCCCAGAGAUCCCUCCUCGGUCGGCAAUGCCCCCGGGAAGGAAAGCAGAGACGGAGAAAGGGCCCUGAAGUCACCAGAUGGUCCCGAAUCGGCUCAGUCGGAGGAGGAAGUGGACGAACUGUCCCUCAUCGACCACAGUGAAAUCAUGGCGAGGCUGACGCUCAAGCAAGAGGGUGACGACGGGCCCGACGUCCGGGGAGGAUCUGGGGACAUCCUGCUGGUCCACGCGACUGAGACAGACAGGAAAGAUCUGGUGCUGUACUGUGAGGCCUUCCUGACCACCUACAGGACCUUCAUCACCCCCGAGGAGCUCAUCAAGAAGCUGCAGUACCGAUACGAGAAGUUCUCUCCCUUCGCCGACACGUUCAAGAAGCGCGUCAGCAAGAACACGUUCUUCGUUCUGGUGCGGGUGGUGGACGAGCUGUGCCUGGUGGAGCUGACAGAGGAGAUCCUGAAGCUGCUGAUGGAGCUGGUCUUCCGCUUGGUGUGCAACGGGGAGCUCAGCCUGGCCCGCGUGCUCCGCAAGAACAUCCUGGACAAGGUGGACCAGAAGAAGCUGCUCAGGUGUGCCCAUUCCGACCAGCCCCUGGCAGCCAGGGGCGUAGCAGCCAGGCCAGGGACCCUGCAUGACUUUCACAGCCAUGAAAUAGCCGAACAGCUGACCCUGCUGGAUGCCGAGCUCUUUUAUAAAAUAGAGAUUCCUGAGGUUUUGCUUUGGGCAAAAGAGCAGAACGAGGAGAAGAGCCCCAACCUGACCCAGUUCACGGAGCACUUCAACAACAUGUCCUACUGGGUCCGGUCCAUCAUCAUGUUGCAGGAAAAGGCCCAGGACAGGGAACGGCUGCUCCUGAAGUUCAUCAAGAUCAUGAAGCACUUACGAAAGCUCAACAACUUCAACUCCUACCUGGCCAUCCUCUCGGCGCUGGACUCAGCACCCAUCCGCAGGCUCGAGUGGCAGAAGCAGACCUCAGAGGGCCUGGCUGAGUACUGCACGCUGAUUGACAGCUCGUCCUCCUUCCGUGCCUACCGGGCAGCCCUCUCGGAGGUGGAGCCGCCAUGCAUCCCGUACCUGGGGCUCAUCCUGCAGGACCUCACCUUCGUGCACCUGGGGAACCCGGAUUAUAUUGACGGCAAAGUGAAUUUUUCCAAACGGUGGCAGCAGUUCAACAUCCUGGACAGCAUGCGCUGCUUCCAGCAGGCGCAUUACGACAUCCGGAGGAACGACGACAUCAUAAACUUCUUCAACGACUUUAGUGACCACCUGGCUGAGGAGGCCCUAUGGGAACUCUCUCUGAAAAUCAAACCCAGGAACAUAACAAGGAGGAAAACAGACCGGGAGGAGAAGACCUAGGAGCAGCUGCCGUGAGCAAGGAGGAUGCUCACAGAGGCUCAGAGUGCGGCUCCGAGACCCGAAGGGACUUUGGACCUGUUGUGCGGCAGCAGCGCUGUUCCGGCCUCCGCCAGGGGGCCAGCUGGGCAGGAGCCCUGAGUGCGGGCAGCUUCCUGCCUCCUUCCUCCCACGAGCAAGCCCACGGCCCGGCGCGGAGCCAGCAGGCAGGUCUCAUUGCCGAUUGUGAACUGGUGGUUUUCUCAUUUGGUUUUGCUUUCACGUCCGUCUCCCCUCCCCGUCCCGCCUGAUCCUCCUCCCACCUGGGAGCCGCGGAGUCUGCCCCCUCCCUGACUUCCAGGGUCCGGAUCUGCUGAAAUGAUGAAUGAGUGGAGGUUCAAGGACCCUGGGGGGGCUGCUCCCCGGUGACCGUGAAUGAAGGGACAUGUAGCUGGGUGGGCAGAGAGCAGAGCAGGCUUGGGUGGGGCUCCUUUUGCCUUCCAGCCCUGCUUUCUAAGGUGGAGGAUGGGCGCCGCUCACCUGGCCCUUUAGGUACGACAGGUGGCCCUAGCACCGCCCUCUGCCUGCGGGCACCGGGCUGCUGGCCGUGCAGUGAGUAGCAGUGGCUGCCCUCUCCCCUUGCCCUUAUCUGCCCACCCCGUCACCUGGCACUGAGGGCGCUGGGAAGGGGAGGGUGGAGCAAGAGAGGACCUUACCACCCAAGAAAUGCGUUUUAGCUGAGCUGGGUUCGUAGCUCUUGGGUGAGUUAAUUCAGAGAGAGGGGAGUGGAGGGGCGUUUCUGUCUAGGGGGAGGCCGCGGGCCCCCUCCUGUCGCUUGCUGUGUGCCUUAAACUCCACCUCCUGCUCCCUCCGGCCCACGGGCUCCCCUCCGACCUUGCUCCAUCCGGUGGGUGACAAGGACUCCUCCCCGGUGUCCCCACCACUGUUGGCUCACCCUCGGAGGGACGGUGUCUCUGAGAGGCCAGGGUCUGGGCUGCCCGGCCACACCCCAGAGCAGGCUCGCUCGCCCGGAAAGCACCUUCGAGAACAGUGCUCUCCGCCCUCCUGUGCAAACCACUCUUGCUGCUGAGGUGACAAUCCGAGGCCAGGUCUGCAGGCCGCUCUCAGGUGUCGGCCGGAGCUCCCACGCGCCGUGGGCUCGGACGGGCCUGCCUGUGCGCUCUGCUGCGCGUGGUGGAGUGCUCACCUGUCCUGGGGUUGGCACCUGGUCACGCAAACUCCAGGACUAACUGUGCUUAGCCCAGAACAAAGAAAAGGAGAGAGCAACAUCCGUUGAUUAUUAAGAUUCUGUUUGUAGAGAAGCCAUGUCACUUUGAGUCCUUCGUGGUUUUGAUGAGCUGUUAUCAGGAGCAAGGCUGGGCUGGCCUUCCCCUCUCGUUUGUCCGGGUGGAGGGAGAGGCUGAAAUGUCGGUUACGGUCCCUCUGGCGGUGGUCCUGCCGGCCGCGGCCAGAACACGUCACUUUACUAUUUAAGAGUGUGUGUGAGUCACUGUUUACUGGCAGUGCAGCGUGUGGGUGGUUUAUAGGCUGUGCCUCGUUCCUCGGUCCUCGUCUCAGUCUUCCCAGCCGCCCACUCUGCCGCUGCGCUGGGCCCUCGGGGCUCCUCGGCGAUGGGAACCGGGGUUACCCUGCAUUUGGGGGCACCCCCGGGUCUCCCUCCAUAGCACAGGCAAAGACUCGGCCUCAGAAACCCAGCCACUCGCGGACAAGGCGUGUUUGCAGCCUGUCGGUCGGUUCUCAGCCAUGAGCUGGUGGGGAUGGGGUGGGGGCUCCACUUCCCUCAAUUCAGAGGUGGCCCUGCCCCCCCUCCCCAAGCCCAAGGUGGUCCGCACAGAGGGCCAGGCACCAGCGAGCGGCGCCGCGAGCCCGGUGUGAGGACAGCAGGUGCCAUGUGUGCGUGAACUGACUGGCCGCGGGCUUCCCCUCCCGUGCCUCAUUAAGACGCCCUCUUGGCUCCGGGAGUUACCAAACCCCAUGCCAGCACCGCAGCCCUGCCGUGAACUGUCUGUCUUGGGGACAGGGUGUGGGGCUUGAUCUUCAGGACAGACAGACAGACAUGACCAGGACGGUUGGGUUCCCCGCAGGUGGGUAGAGCGAAGGAGAGGGCAGGCUGGCGCCACGUCUGAACUGAACCUGAGAAGCACCUCCCACCACCACCCACCACCCCGCCCCCAGUGUUACAUUGUAAUAUAUAUUCCCGACUAACGGCUGAUAGGGCAGCUUCCUGCAGACAUUUCAAAUGUGUAACUUUUAUAUGAGAGGAAAAUAAAUACAGGUGACAGCCACCUGUGUGCUACCACGUGUCAAA